UGUUCUAUAAAAGAUGACUACGAUCGUUAAAAUUGGUUCAGUUGUAAUAAGUUUGUGACACGGAGAGGAACGGUAAAACGUUACGGAGCAAUAAAAAAAUUUCUAAAUCUCGAAGCUAUAUUACAAUUUUCUAACAACCAUGAGGAGAAUACAGAGUGCAUUUUUAUUAUCGCUGCUGACAUGGUGUUGUCACAAUGUCGUGUGCCAGGUGCCAUUUCCAGAAAAUUGUCCCAAUGUGAAAAUUGUGGAUACAUUUGAUUUAGAUAGAUACAUGGGCAUUUGGUAUGAAUAUUCUAAAUAUCCGUUCAUUUGGGAAGCGGGUCAAAAAUGUCAAUAUGCCAUUUAUAAAAAUAAUGGCAAUGGUACAGUUGCGGUUAAAAAUGUUGGAACAUUUGUCAUUGUUAAUAAAUCGAGCAGCGUCCAGGGUACUGCCAAAGUAAUCGCACCCGGACAGUUGGCGGUUGCAUUUAGAAAUCAAGAAGUCAAUGAACCAAACUAUUUGAUACUGGGCACCGACUAUGAUAACUGGGUGGUGGUGUACAGCUGCAAAAAUAUCAGCUCAUUUGCUCACACAAAAAUCAUUUGGAUUUUGAGUCGUCAACGUCAACCCAGCGAUGAGGCCAUUCAAGCCGCCAAACAAGUCAUUAAAGAUAAUAAUUUGUCCGAAGAGUUUAUGAUAAAAUCAACCCAGACCGACUGCCCCGAUGUCAAUGGAAGCAAUGAAAAUGGCAGUGACCAAGUUGCCGAUGCCUCCACCAUCUCUGAUCAAUCGAUAGAUUUCAGUUCAACAACACCAUCGAAUGUCAUACAGACGGCAUGAGAAUUAUUGGGGCGUCUUAUCAGACGCAUCGUUGAAAUGUUUAUGUCAUUUAUGUAUUUUAUGCGACGGAUUUUGUACACUUUGUAGAAUGAGAACAGAAAUGUGAAAAUUGAUUUUUUUUUGUAUUUAAAAUUGAAUUGAAUUCUUUUCAUUCUGUUCACGAACA